UCAGAACGGCGACCGAUUCUGGAUGGACCAACUGGCAUCGCACUUUGAAGAUUGAUUUGCAGGAAGAUUGAGAAAUUGUUUUAGAAUUGAAUUGAAUUCAAGAGAGAGAGAGAGAAAGAGAGAUGGAAGAUAGGAGAAUAGGCGUGGCGGUUGAUUUCUCGAAAUGCAGUAAGGAAGCGUUGAAAUGGACGGUGGAUAACAUAAUCCGUAAAGGAGAUAAUCUGAUCUUGAUCAACAUUCAACCGGAAGGAUAUUAUGAGGAAGGCGAGAUGCAGCUAUGGGAGACUACUGGAUCUCCUUUGAUACCUCUUGCGGAGCUUUCUGAUCCGGCAAUUAUGAAGAAAUAUAAGGUGACGCCUGAUCCAGAGACUUUAGAGAUUGUUAAUACUGCUGCUGCACAGAAAGAGGCUUUUGUGAUUAUGAAGAUCUUUUGGGGAGAUCCGAGGGAGAAGUUAUGUGAAGCUAUUGAUAAUAUCCCUUUGAGCUGCAUUGUUAUUGGUAACCGUGGCCUCGGCAAGCUUAAGAGGGUUAUCAUGGGAAGUGUGAGUAACUAUGUGGUGAACAAUGCUAAAUGUCCAGUAACCGUUGUCAAGCACCACUCCGAUGAAUAACUCUCGCAUUCCCGCGCUUGAGCACCGAUGCACGGCUAACGGCUAAUAAUACACGCUUUCUUGCGACUAGGCUGGAGUGGUCUGGUAUCGCAAAAAGUUUCUAAAUGUAUUUUUCAUGUCUAUGUUUGUGUGUGUAUCUCCCCAUGUUGUAUUGUUGAAUAAUUAAUAAUCAUCCUGCAUUCCCAUGUCAA